GGCUGCAAUUAAAAAAAAAAUUAAAAAAAGUUUAAAUUUCGAAUCACCGCAUCUGGAUUUCAGUGCGCCGCGUUUAAAGUCUCGUUAAACUUAAAUUUUCGUCGCGAAGUAUUGCCAACUUAAUAGUUUUGUUCUUGAAUUUCGAAUUUCGAACGUCCCGCGCUUCGGUUCGCGCCUCUUGUCUACGUGGCAUCCCGCCCGUCGGCCAUAAUGCACGCGCAGGCGCUGCUCGCGCUGGUCCUGUAUGUGGCCGCCAACGUGCAGCGCGCGAGUGCGCAGGCGCCGGAGAAACGCCGAACGGGCAACGUGUGCUCUACCGACCCCGAAUGUCCGGACAACGCGUUCUGCAAGGCGGGCAGCUACUGCGUUUGCAAAGACGGCUUCAUCUACGCCGCCACCGAAAACGCUGAGAAGGCAUGCUUUAGGGUGGCAUUAUUCGGCGAGCACUGUCAGCAGCACAUCCAAUGCCACACCAGCCUCGGAGUGCACUCUGAAUGUGUUCUAAACACGUGCUCCUGCAAGCCUGGCACGCAGUUCGUCAACAACAGAUGCUAUAAGAUAGCCCAUGUUGGCGAGCUGUGCGUAUCCGACGAAAACUGCUACAUCCAACAGGCAGCCGCUGAAGAGCAGGCGUUCUGCAUACGCGGCUAUUGCCAGUGCCAGCUGCACUACAACCAACGAGACAAUGGUACACGAUGCGUACGCGAUGCCAAUCUAGGCGAGCCUUGUGAAGAUGAUGGGCAGUGCGCAGGUGUGGGCAUGUUGUGCAAGGGCACCUGCCGUUGUAAGGAGGGCUUUGCCGCGCAGAACGAUACCAACGUCUGUCUGCAGUCUGUAGAAAACAUCGGGGACAGUUGCGAAUACGACAUCCAAUGCGAGAAUCUCUCCGGCUCCAGAGCCGUGGGUGCCACGAUGUGCCUCAACGGCGCCUGUUCCUGUGCCUACCACGCCAGAGCCGCCGGUACCCCGCCUCGGUGCUACGUCACGAGGCGCCCAGGACAACAGUGCCACGCUGACGAGGAGUGUCUCAGCGAAGACGACGAGCCCGGUUUCUGCCACCAGGGGCGCUGCACGUGUGCGGGCUGCGUUCCCGACGCGCGCGACUUCGCCGACCACGCGGCGUCCCUCGCGGCGCUCCCCCUCUGCGCCGCCAUUUUGGCGACGGCCGCCAUCUUGGCUUGAACGAAUCUGUGCCUUUUGACCGCAUAAAAAUCGGUCCUGAUUGUGUUUUAAAGUUUUAAGGCUUAUCUCUUGUCAAUGAUAACUAACACAAAAUUUAAAUUG